AUAUUCGAAUGAAUUAUUUUGGUUUUCAGAAUAACUAAAUUAUGAUUUUUGUUACAGAUUUCCCUUUGCGAAGAUUAUAGCUUACCUGUAGAUCACCUCGCCAAAAAGAGACCGAAUAGCAUUGCAGUACCUAACCCACAUUGCAAUAUAUUCAGCGACUGGAUUCUUUCAAGUCCCAACGAAGAAAAAGUCGAAGUUUUAGAUACCUACUCAACUCCAAGAGAUUCCAAACAACAUAUAAACCCCGAAGAAGAUCAAAAGUAUUUAACCAGUCCCGAUAAAGAAUACUCCCAACCGUACACGACAGAAUCAUCCGGUCCAACUUCUGACGACGACUUCUUCCUGUGCGAACCCUCUGGGAACGGAAACCAAAAAAUCCUUGACCUAAACUCUCCUGACAGCAUCAACGAGGGUAUCAUCUCAUCGUUGAGUGUCUUCUCUCCUAAUAAAACAGAUAUAACCGUUAAGAGGCACCCCUCUCCCUAUUAUUACGGUGACCUCUACAAAUACAGAACAACCGAUAAUUCAACACAAUCUCAGGCGAUAUUAGAAAUUAAGGUGAAAAAAAAUCAAAGUCUUCGACCUGAACGCGAAAAAGAAUCAAAAUAUCAAAACACCAACAGGAAAUCUAGAAAUAAUAAAAAAUUUCGUAAAAGUUCUAGCUUAGAUAAUACGUAUGAAGUUAAAGAAAAGCUCAGAGCUCGACCGAAGGCUCCCGUAAAGUACAAGAGCUCCAGUGUAGAAACUCAGAGCACCGAUUCAAGAGACGCUCCAAAUGGCAAUUCAAUGCCUCCAAAUCCAGUGACUGUUACAGUUUACGACGACUAUGGAUUAGAAGACAUGACACGUCAACGUCAUGUAUACGAAACAGCCUUCGACUGUCGUAUCAGUAAGUCAGACGACGAUCUAGACCAAAUCGACAAAGUGAGCAAUCACCCGGUGCUUAUACAUGUCAGCAAGGUCUGGGAGACCCACCCUGUUAAGGAACCCCCAGCAGACAAUGGGACGCUUAAUAGAAAAAUUCGAGGACGGGAUAGGGAAAGUUGUUCUAAAUCCAGCCAGGAAGACAAUAAAUCGGUUUUAGCUCUUUCGCAUGAUAUUCAGAAGCUGCAUCUAGCGGAAACUGAUGAAAACAAUUCCGCCUCAUCCAGUGGUCUUCCUCUUCGAGGGAACACCCCCUCGCCACCGUCCACAGCUCCAUUACCAGCUAAAUUUCACGGGAAAGAACACACAAUGAAUAGUAUAAGAAGCGCUCCAAACCUACCCUCUCAUCCAAAAUCACGGCACCUAAAUAGUAGUGAUAGUCUCAAAUUACGCCAAGGCAGUGCUUUCGAGAUAGAGUUCGGAUGCAGCUCUAACCAAUUAAUCUCGGAGUUCAAAGGAAGGCCAGUUCAUUCAAAGGACUCGGAUAAAGAGAGAAUUUGUGAAAUUAAGGGUAGGCCACGAAAAGAAGUUCUUCUUAUGAAUAAGAGGUCCAAGGGUAGUCUUUUAGAAUUUAAAGGAAGAAGGAUACGGCACAAGUAUUCGAGUACGGAAAGCAUGACGACGAGUAGUAGCGGAGGAAGUAUGGAAAGUAUUAAAAGUAGUACUAGUGAAGGUAAUAGAAGUACGUCUAGUUCGGAGAGUAGACAAUCUCCCUCUCUAAGCUCACAUAGUUCCGAUUCUGGCGGAAAUCCCAAAAACUAUACCGUCCCUCAAAGCUCAGGGGGUUUUUUAGGCAACAAGCUCCACAUUCUUAGUCCAAUUUCAGAUAAGUCCUCGCAGGAACCAAUGUCGGAAACAUCGGAUAAUAAUAGAAAUAAUAAUUCCCAAAAGUGCUCACCAGAAGAAGUCCAACCCAUACCGGAAAAUGUAAAAACCAAACGGCGUCUACCUCAAAAUAAAAAUCUACUAAAUUUGGGGUUCCAUACAACCAAUCCGGAAAUUCAGGGUUCCGAUAGCGGCAUUUCCAUUCAAUCCAGAGAGGGCAUCAAGUCGAGAUUCAGCUUCACUGGAGCCGAAUUAUCAGCGCCACCUAGCCAACAUGAUUUUUCCGAUUUGCCAUUCGACAUGCCGAAAUUGCGUCGGCGAAGAGCCGUCCCAGAGGCGGCCUGCACCUCAGGUAGCGCGACAUCGGUGGAUUUGAGGGAUUUGCCCUUCGAUAUGCCCAAGUUACGCAGAAGAAUGAGACUGCAACCCUCCAACUUGGAGACUAGCGCGUCCCAAGCGUCUUCUAGUCAAAGCGUCGUGGAGGCUGAUAGACAAGCCCUAUGCCGUCCAAAACUAACUCUAAACUUAAGCGACCUUGGGAAUAGACAAAAGCAUGGAUUGGGAUUAACCCUUUCGGGACUUGGCUUGACUCUGAAUUCAAACAUUAACCAACCUUCAACUAGUUCUGACGCCAUCGACGUAUAUCUUCCUCUUGAAAAACAAGGGUGGUUCCAUGGCCAAAUUAGCAGGGUGGAAGCUGAAAAUGUACUGAGAAUUUUAAGAGAGGGCAGUUUUCUAGUCAGGAACAGCGAGUCCAUCAAAAACGAUUUUUCGUUAUCUCUAAAGAGUGCUAGAGGCUUUAUGCAUAUGAGGAUACAGAAAAAUUGCGAAGAUGGUAGCUACGUUCUAGGCCAAUUUAGUAAGCCGUUCAAGUCCAUACCAGAGAUGAUCAAACAUUUCUCAAUAAAUCGCUUACCGAUACGAGGGGCCGAGCAUAUGUGCUUAUUACAACCGGUGAUUGCACAACUUUUGUGAUAAGGAAUUGGCGAUCCUGUUCCAAAUUUUUCAGGGCUUCGUGAACAUAUUGCCAAAGAAGAUGACUGUGAAUAUUUAUACAUACCUAUCCCGUAAAUAUUAUAUACUUUUUAAAGUUAUAAUUAGAUAAUAAAGUAGACCUUAGAUGAAUGUAAUUUAUUAUAGAUUAAAAAAACAAAAUUUUAAAAAUUGGUACGUUAAUAUUAUUAAAAUCACCUGACUUCUCAUUAUCAUUGUAAUUUGUAAUAUAAC